UAAGACUAUUCACACAACAAUCGCAACCAAUAACACUAAACAAACUUUUUGUAUAUUUUUUAAUACAAAACAUACACGAAGUGACACUCUGAAAAUCAGAGAACUUUUUCAUCAUGAUUAUCAAGUCCACUAAUCAUGAUGAAAAAAUCCUCAAUUCUAAAAUCACUACUUGAUACUACAAUUUUCAUAGUAGAGUUUCAUGUAGGGGUCGUUUGGAAGUUGCGAUUGUUUUGUUGAAAUUGUCAUUAUGCAUGUAUUGUUUACAAUGCAUCGUUUUUUUGUUUUUUAGCGGAAACAAUACAUGAAUUGUUUCUGUGAUGUGACAGAAACUAUCACUUAUUUUGAGUGAUUGUUAUAUCUCGAUUUUUAGUUGUGAUUGUUGAGAUAGUUGAGUUGAGAUUGUUUUGUCUCAGCUUUUAGCUGAUGCGACAUACACAAUCACACAUACCAAGCGUUGUAUUCUACAAUGCAUCAAAGUCGUCAAUACAUGUAUAAUAUUAUACAUGCAUUCUCAACAAUACAUCUAUUUAACAAUCGCAACUUCCAAACGACCCAGUAGUUUCUCAAUUUCUAAAAUAAUUGCUCUCUCCUUGAUUUUUGCUAAACGUAAAUUGGUAUUUACCAGCAUGGAAGAAACUAAUUCUAUUACUAUGUGGUGUGUCAUUGCAUUUUUUAAUUUAUAUUUAAAUUUAUACUUUUUAUCUUUGUUUUUAUCUAUUUCUAACUUCCUCUAAAAUCCUUAAAUUGUGCAAUAGUUUGCGCCCCUUCACUUCAUAGUACAAGGUCGCCUUUGAAAAUCAAUCUUUCGAUCUCUUGGUACUAUUUUAUUAUUUGGAAUUUAAACUGGGCAAGAAAAUUUUUUUAACUCCGAUAUCAAUCCAUGGUGAAUAUAAUGGAGUUCAAUAAAUGGUUUUUGAAGCUAUCGCAACCUAAUUCCAUCUUAAAACGAGGAAUCGUUGAUUGAUUUACGAAAGUAGGUCGGUCUAUUCUUUAUUCAACCUAUUGGAACCGAGAGAGAAGAAGUUUCUAAUUUUGUUCCGUAUUACUUUGAUCGAGUCUAUAACUAUAUUGGAGGUAACCCUAAUUUUGGCAUUUGCUCUCCAGUUGUGAUGGUCCCCUCUCAGCUGAGUUGUUAGCAUAUAGUUGACUUGAAUCAACUACUCUUCACUUCUUUUUGAUUAGUGGCAUGUUGUUCCUAAAAGGAGAGCAUUUAACUUUUAUUUAAGAUUUCCAGGUUUAAGAUUUAGUUUCAAACUAUCUAUAGUUCGUGAGAGGAUUUCAAUGAACUUUUAUACUCUAUCGUUCCUUACAAUCAACUAACCAAUAACAUUUUACCGGGAACUUAUUUAUCAUUAUGAAAAUGGGAUCAAUGAUACUUUUUUUAUAUUUUUCCAAAUGUUCAAUCUAUAUAUUCUUUCUUUAUGUAUCAUCUCAAUCAAAGGAUUGUCAAUAAAAUUAAACGGGUUAAUAUACUUUUAAACGAGGAGACCACCCGUCGUAUAAUGUUAGAUACAAAUUUUGACUUGACUUAUGGGUUCUACGCAAUUCGAGCUAACUCGGCCCAAUCGCUUCGCCUAAAAUGUCGAGGCCUUAGCCCAGUGUCUUUACCGCCGACCACUACCAAAGCCCAACAGAUGUAAUGUGUUCGGCCAACAAAAACCCUAGGUCGGGCUGCUUUCUAUUUAACUCUCCAGAACCCUAAUUCACAGCUUCGUUUUCCCCCCGCAGCAGUCGAAGAUGUCGAAGCGAGGACGAGGAGGAUCCGCUGGUAACAAGUUCAGGAUGUCACUGGGUCUGCCAGUGGCAGCCACGGUCAACUGCGCCGACAACACCGGCGCCAAGAACCUGUACAUCAUCUCCGUGAAGGGGAUCAAGGGUCGUUUGAACCGCUUGCCGUCUGCUUGCGUCGGUGAUAUGGUGAUGGCCACUGUCAAGAAGGGAAAGCCUGAUCUGAGGAAGAAGGUCAUGCCUGCUGUCAUCGUGAGGCAGCGCAAGCCAUGGCGCCGAAAGGAUGGUGUCUUCAUGUACUUCGAGGACAAUGCUGGGGUCAUUGUGAAUCCGAAGGGAGAAAUGAAAGGAUCUGCUAUUACUGGUCCCAUUGGAAAGGAGUGUGCUGAUCUAUGGCCUAGGAUUGCAAGUGCUGCCAAUGCUAUAGUUUAACCGUUUCUUGCUUAUGUUCUUGGUCGAUUUUGGAACCUAGUGUCUUCUUCUAUUUCCGAGCUGUAGGUGUGUUUGUGGAAUUGGGAAUUUGUUUCAAGUCCAAUGAUCAGAAGUACAAUGAAUUUUUGCAUGGGGAAAGAUGUUAAAAGAGUUUUGAUGUUUGAUGUUUGCCUUGUUAAAUGUUCUUUCUUACCUUCAGAUAGUGGUAAUCUGUCAUCUCUUUCCUUUUGUUAUUUGAAUGUCUACUCCAUACAUCAGCCGUUAUUGCUCUCGUGCAAAGAAGCAUUGGUACAUUUCUUCCGUUCUGUGUUGGUUUGGAAGUAUUGAUUACUCAGAAUUGGGCGUAAUCUGCCAUCCCUCUUGCUGAUGAACUCGACAAUCGAUCUAGCAUUGUUCUUUGGCAAAUCUACUCGAACAGGAUUCUCAUUUUAAUUUACGAAUGGCUCUGCAUUGUUGCCUGUAACCCAAUGACAAGGGUGGAGAUUCGAACAAGUUCUUAUGCCCGAUAGUCCGAGACUCUUAUAUGAAGAAGCAGUGUUCUUCUGUGUUGUUUUGCAGGUAUCAAUUACUGGGAAAUUGGCGAUGUGUGUAUAUCGCAACUUGUGCUUCUGCUAAUGAACUUGACCAUCAAUC